GCGGGGCUUGUGCGCGCUGUCCGCCAGGCUCUCUCUGUCGGCGGAUUGUUGUUGUCAUCAAGAUGGAGUUCUUGCUGGGGAAUCCGUACAGCACUCCCGUUGGCCAGUGCAUUGAAAAAGCCACGGAUGGAUCCCUGCAGAAUGAAGACUGGACACUCAACUUGGAGAUCUGUGACAUCAUUAAUGAGACCGAGGAAGGGCCUAAAGAUGCCAUGCGUGCGGUGAAAAAGAGACUCAACGGCAACAGGAACUUCCGUGAAGUGAUGCUGGCUCUAACCGUGCUGGAGACUUGCGUGAAAAACUGUGGCCACCGUUUUCACGUCCAAGUCGCCAAUAGAGAUUUCAUCGAAGGUGUCUUGGUGAAGAUCAUCAUUCCGAAGACCAACCCUCCUGCUAUAGUACAGGAGAAAGUGCUGUCACUGAUUCAGGCUUGGGCAGAUGCAUUCAGGAGCAGCCCAGACCUAACCGGAGUAGUGCACAUUUACGAGGAGCUGAAGAGGAAAGGAGUUGAGUUCCCCAUGGCAGACCUGGAUGCUUUGUCACCCAUCCACACUCCACAGCGGGGAGUCCCAGAGGUAGAUCCAGGCACACACAAGUACAGAGCGCCUGCUCAGCCCAACACAGCAUCCCAAACGGGCCCUAGACCUGCAGCUGCUGCAACAGCUGACUUAUACCCCGCCCAGAUCCCACCUGUAUCGGGACCCAUCACAGCAAACCCAGAGCAGAUCGCAAGGCUGAGAAGUGAGCUGGACAUUGUGCGUGGGAAUGUUAAAGUGAUGUCGGAGAUGCUGACCGAGAUGGUGCCGGGCCAAGAAGACACCUCCGAUCUCGAGCUACUCCAGGAGCUGAACAGGACGUGUCGAGCCAUGCAGCACAGGGUAGUGGAGCUCAUCUCUCGUGUGUCUAACGAAGAGGUCACCGAAGAGCUGCUACAUGUCAACGAUGAUUUAAACAACAUCUUCCUGCGCUACGAGAGGUAUGAGAGAUACAGAGUAGGCAGAGCAGCACAAAACAACGGGGUCUUGAAUGAGGCUUCAGAAGGGGAUAAUCUCAUAGAUUUGGACCCCGCUUCUCCAGCUGUGGUCACUCCUCGGGUCAGCACAACACCCACUCAUACACCCACAUCCACCCUGCAGCCUCCUUCUGCUCCUCCUGCUGCUGCUGUGUCUCUCUCCACACAGCUGGCAGGACUUGAAGUGGGUGCAGACAGCGUCAGCAGCACUCUCAGCUCUCUGAGCGCUCACAACCCUCAGGACGACUUUGACAUGUUCGCCCACACCAGGUCCAGCUCUCUAGCUGACCAGCGCAAAAACGUUAAAUACGAGGAACCUCAGGCUCUGGUGAGCCUGGCGUCUGCUUUGGAUAUCAGACAGCAAAAUGCCACUGGGAUCCCCGUAUCGCAGUCCUCUGUCAUGGAUGACAUUGAGGAGUGGCUCUGUGCCGAUGUGAAAGGAGAAGAAACCGAGGAAGGAGUUACGAGUGAAGACUUCGACAAGUUCUUAGAGGAGCGGGCCAAAGCCGCAGACCAGGCUCCACCGCUGGCCGCCGCCGCCGCCGUAGAGCCCAGACCUCUAGUGAGCGCAUCUAGCAGCAACCGCAGGAGGACGCAGCAGACGGAGGACAAUCUCUUUGCCUUGUAGAACAGUGACAGGACAGAUGCUCUCACUGGUGACCACAACCACAUUCCCUCCACCACUCCACCUGUUCCUUUACAAACCUACUGAUGUUAUACGGCAACAAGACCCCUGACUAAUAUCAACCCACCCCGCCUGAUAGAGCACUGUGAGAAUCCAGCUUCAUAACCGCAGACUUUGAGCUGAACAGCGCUGUCAAGCGAUGGCUUAAGCAAACAUGUAGCCAAAAUGAUUCUCUUUAGAGAGCUCGCUUCUUACAUUCCUGUCAAAUAAUAGUCGAAUAGAGCUGAUUGGUUUGGUCUUUAUCGUCCAUUAAUGAACUAACGCUCUUAAAGUUUGUCAUUCCAUGAGGUGAGGUAUUUAUGUGGGUCAGUUCUUCUCAGUCAGCUAUGGAUUGUGAUUCAAACUGUCUCUGUGGUAAAUAGAGCAAGAAAAUAUUAGAUCUUAAUCAGGCGUAGGAGCGCAUAGACAGUGGGUCGUCAUGUUUAUGAGGCUCUGGUGAAGAAAAGUGGCUAUAUUCUUGUAAUCAUCACGUGCGGAUUACCAAAGACAGAAGAAGAAACGUGUUUUCCAUCGAUAAAGGUUUUUGUAAAAUUAUAUUGACUGUUUCCAAAGAGUUGAGGUUUGCUGAGCCAUUGCCGUUUUACAAUUUUAAAGGCACCAUUUGAGGGCAUUUUAAGGCGUAGAUCAGACGUCUGCAUAUACAGUUUAUUGAUCCAAAAUUACAAAACAUUUGAAAAAAUGCAUCCUAA